UUAUCUAAAUAUGAAUAUAUAGAGUCGAAUCAUUUCUUUUUACAUGUGUGAAUGUUCCGGUUCUGUAUUGGGCAGUCCACCCAAUGCAUACAUAGGUGCUGCUCCGGCGCCAGUUUCGGCGCGCCGGCCAUAAGAAAAUCCGCGACGCGGUUGUCAAGCGCGGCACCGUAACUUCAACUGCAAGUCAGCGGCGCUGUUCCCUUGUCUUUGAACAAUAUCCAAUCCUUUUGCUGCGGUUGUUGUGCGUUAUAUGCACUUGUUUCUAACCAAAUAGUCUGGCCCUAAUUAUACUGGUACAAAUCAUACGAAGAGACUCCCAAUUCACUAAGUGGUCGCGACUGUCAAGACAAGCGCUACACCACAACCCCGUACGCCCUCGAACUCUCUUCCACGACCAUCGCCCGACACAUUGCUUUGCCGUUUAGGUUCGAAUACUACUAGCAUUACAUAUCGAUACCCUACGAACCUGCUAUCGUCGACAAUUUGCAACGCCACAGCCCCUCUCUCAAUGCAGGCAUGAAGGAUGAUGGGAAUGCAAUUCAUGGGGUGGAAAGAAUAAAGCUCGAAGACGCCAGCGCUACCACUACGAUGGAUAAACCGACACCCGAAGCCAUGGAAGUCGACGUUAAACAAGAAAAUGGGUCGCGGAGUGCCUCUGUAUCCGGCGGAGAGACGCAACCAAAGGCGCCGCGCAAGGGAUCGCAGCGAAUGCCGGCGCAACAAGCUCUGCUGUUUGAUAACCUGCCCGACAUGACCAAGGAGUCCUGUGAGAACUUCCAAGUCAUCACAGACUGCUUGUACGGGUCGAAGAACAUGGGCGCCACAGAUAACGACGCUUUCGACUGCGAUUGCCGAGAAGAGAUGGAAAACGGCGAAAAUAAGGCUUGCGGCGAAGACUCGGAUUGUAUUAACCGCGCGACAAAGGUAGAAUGCAGCGCUACUUCGGAUAACUGCGGUGGUGGCUGUAUGAACCAGCGAUUCCAACGGAAACAGUUUGCCAGCGUUUCGGUUAUCAAGACAGAGAAGAAGGGCUAUGGUCUGCGCGCUGAUGCCGACUUGGGCGCAAACGAUUUUAUAUUCGAAUACAUUGGCGAAGUCAUCAACGAACCGGCUUUUCGAAGACGGAUGUUGAAGUAUGAUGAGGAGGGCAUCAAGCACUUUUACUUCAUGUCGCUUUCGAAAAGCGAGUUUGUCGAUGCUACAAGGAAGGGAAACUUGGGCAGAUUCUGCAAUCACUCGUGUAAUCCCAACUGCUAUGUUGACAAAUGGGUGGUUGGCGAUAAGCUGCGCAUGGGUAUCUUUGCCCUUCGUGCCAUCAAGUCUGGCGAGGAGCUUGUGUUCAAUUACAACGUUGAUCGCUACGGCGCGGAUCCCCAGCCCUGCUACUGCGGAGAACCCAACUGUGUUGGAUUUAUUGGUGGCAAAACUCAGACUGAGCGCGCGACCAAGCUUCCAACGGCCACGGUUGAUGCCCUGGGUAUUGACCUUGGAGACGGCUGGGACACUUCGACUGCGAAGAAGGCCCGCAAGAAGAGAGCUGACGAAGACGAUGAAGAGUACAUCAGCAGUCUGCAAUCUCGUGCUCUGGAUGAGGACGAUGCGAGAACGGUUAUGGCUACGCUUAUGCAGUGCAAAGAGAAGUGGAUUGCUGUUAAGCUGCUAGAGCGUAUCCAGCGCUGUCAUGAAGAAAAGGUGAUUGCUUGCGUUAUGAGAAUGCAUGCUUACCAGAUCUUGAAGACUGUCUUGAAUACGUUUAUUGAGGAUUCCAACGUUGUCCUCCAGAUUCUAUCCAUCCUCGAUAGCUUCCCACGAUUGACCCGAAACAAGAUUCAGGAUUCGAAUGUUGAAGUUGCUAUCCAGAGCUUGACAGAUUCUGACAAUGAGGAAGUAGCAGCAAAGGCCAAGAAGUUGCUUGAGGACUGGAGUAAGCUGGAGAUUGCAUACCGCAUUCGCAGGCGCAAGGUCGACCCUAACGCACCAACACAAAACAUUUACGAGGAUAGGCGAGGACAGGCUAAAGAGGAAUCUACGCUAUCCACACAAAGUAAGCCCUCACCGAAGCCGUUUGAUGCACCAAAAGGACCCAAGAACUCGACUCAGCAACGAAACAUGCCCUUUUCCAACAAUACACCGCGGCAAAGGCGGCCCGGGUUUGGUGGUCCGUUGCCGCAGGGCUGGUUUUCCGCUAGAGAUGCGACGGGAAAGAUGUACUAUUAUAAUAAGCAGGGCACUACGACAUGGGAACGACCUACACAACCCGCCGAUACUCAGAAGCAGCCGUCAAAAGCUGUCCAGGAGCAGCUGGCCAUUCAGAGCAUUAUCGAUCGUGUUACAAAGGAAGGCACCCCUAAGCAAUCGACGCUACAAGUCACUCCCGUUGAAACCCCAGCAAAGGAGUCUAAAAAGGACAAGUGGCGUGCUCUACCAGUUGACAAGCAGAUGAAGAUUUACGAAAAUACCGUCUUUCCUCCCGUCAAGUUUGUUCUUGACAAGUUCAAGCACAAGCUCCCCAAGGACGAGCUGAAGAGACUCGGCAAGGAAAUUGCCAAGAAGCUAGUAUCGUCAGACUACAAGAACAACCGCGUCGAAGACCCCACCGCCAAGCUCUCCGAUAAACAGAACAAGAAGAUCAAGACAUAUGUGAAGGACUUCUUGGACCGAGCUGUCCACAAGUUUGGCAGCCAGCAGAAACCGAAGCCCAGUGAUGAUAAAGAGGACGAAGCCGAGCAGAUCGACCUUGGCGACAGCGAUGUCGAAGACGACGCCGGUGAAAGCCGCAAGCGUAAGCGCGACACAGAGGGUCCAGAGACGGCUACAGCAACGCCAUCAGACGGGCCCGACGUCAAGCGUAUAAAGGAAGACGACGGCCCAGAGCCAAGUCCGCCGCCGCCUCCUCCUCCACCCCCCGAUUCUGGAAGACUGGAAGAGUCUGAGGCCAUGCGACAGCAAGAAGACGAGCUUAUGCGGGAGAACGAAGAGGCACUGCGCAUAGAGGAUGCUGCCAAGGCGGUCGAUGGCGAUCAAAAUCGUAAACAGGAGGUUUUAAGCCACUGAAGAUGGAAGGUUCACAUGGGAUGGGCGGCAGAUUUGCUUGUUAGCCAGUUGCAUUUGCGAGCAUGUAUAACGCGGGAGACUAGGUUGGAGUUCUUUACUAUUUUGUCAUUUUUUUUUCAAAACGAUCCCUUGCACAGAGGAGUGAUUUGUGUGGGAUAUAUGCUACUAUAGGUGCUUUUUUACUUAUUUAUUUUGGACUUGUAAGCUGGCAAACAGACUUGCAA